GGAACGGAAGCGGUGGUCCAAGGCAUUGUUCGGGCCGGCGGGCGGUGCAGCAGCGCAGGCACUGCCGGGGGCGGGCGGUGUACUGCAUUGCCGGGCGCUGGCACUGCCGGGGGCGGGCGGUGUACUGCAUUGCCGUGCGCUGGCACUGCCGUGCGGCGGGCGGUGUACUGCAUUGCCGUGCGCUGGCACUGCCGUGCGGCGGGCGGUGUACUGCAUUGCCGUGCGCUGGCACUGCCGUGCGGCGGGCGGUGUACUGCAUUGCCGUGCGCUGGCACUGCCGUGCGGCGGGCGGUGUACUGCAUUGCCGUGCGCUGGCGCUGCCGGGGGCAGCCGUUCCCCCUGGGCCCCUUCCCACGGCGGCUCUGCCCGCGCUGCCGGCGCUCGGCGCGCCAGGGGGCGCUGCGGGCACCAAGAUGGCGGCGGGCGGCGCGCGCGGCGCGGCGGGGCCGCGGUAGAGGGUCCGGGCAGGGCCCCGGCGGUCCCGGCGCUCCGCCCGCCGCGGGCCGGGCAGCGGAGCGGGCGCGGCUGGCGGCAAAUGUGCAAUACCAAGAUGUCCUCCCUCGCGGAUGCCUCCUCUGUCACCGCUUCGGAGCAAGAGGCGCUGGUUAAACCAAAGCCACUGUUGUUGAAAUUGUUAAAGUUAGCUGGUGCUGAAAAGGACACUUUUACUAUGAAGGAGGUAAUAUUCUAUAUUGGACAAUAUAUUAUGUCUAAGCAAUUAUAUGAUGAAAAACAGCAGCAUAUUGUACACUGUGCAAAUGAUCUCCUGGGGGAUUUAUUUGGAGUAACAAGCUUUUCAGUAAAAGAACACAGGAGACUAUAUUCAAUGAUUUCCAGAAAUCUGAUAGCAAUCAAUCAACAAGACUCUACCCUUGGUGACACACCUGAGGAUGAUGCCACAUCUCAGCUUGAAGGAGAAAAUGUUAUUAAGGAGUCCAUGCAAGAGUUAGAAGAGAAGCAGACUUCGUCCAGCGUGACUUCCCGGCCAACUACAUCUUCCAGGAGGAGGACACACAGUGAAUCUGAAGACAAUUCUUCAGAUGAUGUGCACAGUGACAGAAGGAAGCGACACAAGUCAGACAGCAUUUCGUUGACGUUCGAUGAAAGUCUCUCAUGGUGUGUAGUCAGUGGUCUGUGCCGUGAAAGAAGCAAUAGCAGUGAUUCAACAGAUUCUCUCUCCAUUCCUGAUCUUGAUGCUAGUUCAUUAAGCGAAAACUCUGAUUGGUUUGACCACAGUUCUGUAUCAGAUCAGUUCAGUGUCGAGUUUGAAGUUGAGUCUAUUUAUUCAGAAGAUUACAGCCAUAAUGAAGAAGGGCAGGAGCUCACAGAUGAAGAUGAUGAGGUUUACCAGCUGACUAUUUACCAGGACGAAGAUAGUGAUGCUGAUUCAUUUGAUGAAGAUCCAGAGAUAUCUCUAGCUGAUUAUUGGAAGUGUCCCGAAUGUAAUGAAAUGAAUCCUCCGCUUCCACGACAUUGCCACAGAUGCUGGGCCCUUCGAGAGGAUUGGCUUCCAGAUGAAAAGAGUGAGAAACUGGAAAAGAGCAAAUUAGAAGCCUCCAUUCCUGCAGAGUCUGGGGAAGGUUUUGAUGUCCCUGACUGCAAGAAGACAGUAAUGUCUGAAGAUAAAGAAGCAGCUGUGGACGAGAAUGAGGAUAAAGCAGUGCAGCUUUCUGAGUCGCAGGAAAGUGAAGGUUACUCCCAGCCAUCAACAUCGAGCAGCAUGUUCUGCAGCAGUCAGGAGGACUUCAAGGAGCCCGAGAAGAGAGAAGUGCAAGACAAAGAGGAAAGCAUGGAAUGCAGUCUGCCCGUUACCAGCAUAGAGCCGUGUGUCAUAUGUCAGAGCAGACCCAAAAACGGCUGCAUAGUACAUGGCAAAACGGGACACCUCAUGUCGUGUUUCACGUGUGCAAAGAAGCUCAAGAAGAGGAACAAACCCUGCCCAGUGUGCAGGCAGCCCAUACAAAUGAUUGUACUAACUUAUUUUAGUUAGACUGGAAAGCUGCAAAAGAAACUUCAUAAAGUGAUUAAGAGAGUAAGAAAUUAUUUUUGUAUGCUUAUUGGAAAAUUAAUAUUUUGUGUCUCUUGGUGUUCUGUAUGAAAAAUAAUUGCUGACAUAAAUGCACUGGAGUUACUAAGAGGUUUGCCUAAUACUCUUAAGUCAACUUGGAGAUUUUAAAUUCAGUAACCAGCUCUUCUAAACCACCUGCCUCUCCAAGUGUUUAAUGUUCCACGCAAGUUAGUGACAUGUGUUUUAUUGAAUUAAAUACACACGUUAAAAUCUCAAAUUCAAUGAUUGUUGGAGGAGAGACAUGUUUAAGUGUUUAUUUCUGCCAGUUCCUCAUUUAAGAAAAUCAAUGAUUAUCCAGGUUCCAGUUUUUGUUGCCUGGUGAAGACAUAAGGCUCAAUUGGACCCCUCUGAAUCAGUCAAUAAAAUGAAUAAAUAGAAUCUCUUCUUAAAUUUCUCCAAGUAACCAAAUUCUGUGGGAGACAUUACCAGGAAAGAUGUGGUAUAAAAUAAUGCUUUGGAAGCAGAGAAGAGGAUUGUGCAUCUUUUAUUUUUAUAGUGUGCAUUGUAAACUUAAGGGCUGUGUGUCCCCUGAGAAGUCAUUGAUCCAAGCUCACUCAGACAGUUCUCUCUCCAACGUCCUGAGAAACUGCCUUUUGUGGGUUUGGAGGUCUGUACUGGUUGUGAGGAUGAUUUAAUUUAGCAGCAUGAAACAAGUCUCGGGCAGACAAGAUAAAUGAAGGAUAUGCUAAAACUGGGCACGUCAGGCACUAUUAGGGGGCAGUUAUUUUCUUUUUCUGUGCUUAUUUUUGACUUAGCAGAAUACACUCAGCUGCUUUGCUACAGUCACUGUAAUAAAAAUAGAAAAAAUCAACCUUCAUCUGCAGAAACAGUUAAGCUGUGCAGUUCCCGUUCACAUUCCUUAGGCACAGUAGUCUUUCCAACUCACUCUUCUUAUCUGUAUCGCAGGAAUGCUGAAAAUCUUUUGCAAAGUGUUUGGCCAACUCAAAGUUGGACCUGUUCUUUACUGCUUUUAGCUCUUGCCUCCUCCCUGUACUUUGUCAAAAACUUGGUGAAACUUAGCAGUUCUGUGCCCAAGGAGUCUGCCCAAGUUCUGGGGGCCUUCCGCCAAGGUAGCGCGAGUGUGGGAACCAGGAUGCAGGAAAGACCACUCAGCUGCUUUUCACAUGGAGUUUCUGUACCAAGUGAGUGAUAUUUAUUCCUUUGGAAAACUAUGUUACCAGAGGAGUUGGAUAUUUUUGGCAGCUUCUAUUUUUACAGGUAGUUGCUGAUUGUCUGCCCAAUAGGGAAUGGCAGAUAAACAGUCAGGGGAGGGCCACGAGUGGAGAUGUAGUCCAAGUGCAGGGAUUGUGCUGUUACCAUCUGCCAGGCCAAGGCUCAGCAGCGUCCCUAACACCAGCAGUAUAAAAUUGCUGAUGCCUGUGUACUGGCACAGAGGCUUCUGCUGCUCUCCAUAACUCCAGGGCUGCAGAUGCCUGGAAGUACCCAGGAAAAGGACAUAAAGAUGUACAGGAGAGACUCAGUAAAUCCUUGGUUUGGCUUGGUUGAAAAGUAAUAACUUCAUAGGUAAGGACUGAAUUAUUGGGAUCAUUCACAUUUUGUUCAUACAUUUGAGCUAUUUCUUUAAAAAUACCACUAAAAGAUACUGGUGUACCUGAAGUUCCAGCAUAGUUCAUUUCAUCUAAACAAAAUAUAAACUCCAGUUGUGUACAUUCAAACUCUUACUUGCAAGUUUCUUGCUACCUGCAAUUUGUACAGGGACAGCAGGUAGCUGGAAGUCCUUGUAAGUGUUUUCAUCAGCAGAACCUUUCACGGGUUUUAUAGGGUUUGGUAAUCCUUCAGCCUGAGAUAGAGAAGGCCUUUGGGCAGAUGGUCAACUUUUUCAAGUAGGGUUACUAAUAGAUGGUGAGAGAACUGUAGAUGUGUAUAUACAGAAGCAUCAAUAACAUGGGGACUGUACCUAAAAGGUUUCAUCUUCUGAAGCUUUGUCCACUGCAUUGUCUCCCAUGCCUUCCCCUUUCUCAGCAUGAUGCCUUCUCUGCAGCCACUGCCCUGGCUGUGUAACUGCAGUCCUUAUCUAAGUCUUGUUGGGACAAAUUGUACCAUCCCACUCGUGGCGUUUUUUUUCCAGUCACAUGCCUUCUGUUGCAGAGAAUAGCCCUGCAAAUCCCUUCCUCUCACUGCAGUGGUGAGGAGAGGGGGAAUUUCGAUUUCUGCAUCUGCAAAUCACUGUAUCAAGGGUUUGAGGUUUGAGUUACAUUUUGUGGCUUAAUAUUAUUAUUAAUGGUUUCUAAUACAACUUUAGUGUAUUUGGUGCGGGUGCAAUGCCUUCUGAUGGGAGCGAUGGGUGCUGAUGCCUGUGCUGUUCCUGUUGGGGACACUGGUGGGCGAGUGCGAGUGCAGGCCGGGUGCGCAGGGGCUGUCACAGUGCCCCCCGUGGUGACCCCCGGCUGUGGCCUUGGGCUCUGCCUCCCUCCUGUCUCCCCACCUGGCUGUGCUCUGUGUAUGGGCAUGAGCACUGAGCACCCUGCUUGUUCUGGCACUUAAAACACAUUUCUGGCCUUGGCUGGUGGCACAAGUCAGUGAAGUUUUGUUACAAAAGUUGUUCCUCCUCGGUGAGAUGUUUGAGAUCCUUAUUUAAUAUUGCACACAUUUUAAUCUUUAAUUUAUUGUUGUUUGUAAAUAUCCUUGUGCUCACAGUUGAUGUUUUGAGCUCUAAUUUAUUGAAUUAGUCUACUGGUACAUGUGUAGUUAUAUAAAUAUGUUUGUUUAGUAAAUCACAGGCACAAGAAAAAUAUUUUAAGAAAUGUAGUGUUAAAAUACAAAGAAAUACUCAUAUUCAGAUUAAGAAGGGCACAGGAAGGUUUAUGGCUGCGUUUCCUUUUUUCCUUCCCUUAAAACAACUUCUGCAUUGAGAAGGUGUUGGUGCAGCAUUAACAUAGUGAAAAUAUUUUGGUGGUGUUUUGCUUUUCUUUGGAAUAUUUUGGCAGGGAGCUGACUGAGUGCUCCGGGGUGCUGGUGACACUGGGGGUGACGGGCAGGAGGCGCAGGACGGAGAGGAGAGGAGAGGCUUUGGGGUCAGCUGGCAGAGGUGCCCGUCGCCUUUGGGCACGUGGCCAGGAGGGUUGCAGGGGAGGCCAGAUGCCCACAGGGUGCGACUGGGUGCGAUUUUCAGUGAUUUUCUUAGUCUCUCCCUUCUUGCACAUCAGGUAGACAAUAUGUACAAAUUUUGUACAGUUAUGUACAAAUGGUGCAAGAACUUGCAUUUAUUCUUUUUUAAAAAGUACAAUAAGCUUACUUGUUUAAAUACAAGUCUUUAACUAUUUUCCUGUUUGUUAGUAUUGACAUUAUAUUAGUGUUGAAAUGCACUCCACACCAGCAGGAUCGUGGGCUCUGCCGUCCUGUUCCUCUCCCCUUAGCAGCUGAUUGAAAAAGAGUUAAAGUGCUUCAAAAUGCUCACUGGUGAAAAGCUUACAUUUCUUGUAAGAGUGUGGUACGAUUUUUAUCACUGAGUUCUGUUUGCUGUACAUUUGUUCAAAUGUUGCUGUCUCUGAAGUGUCUGUGGGUAUGAAGAGGCUUGCAGGAUUUCAGGCAGAUUUUUUUGUCAUUUACUACUAAUAUGAGGAAGAGAAAAUUCCUCAUUCUUAAAGUGUCAACAAGAAUAAUUGUUUCAAAAAAUCGUAUCUUACAAAAGCUUACAAAAGAGAUCAGAAAAUUAUUAGGAGCCUAAUGAAACCGAAUAAACCAAAUAAAUAGGAUGAAAGUAGGGGGGAAGAUUUUUUUUCUUUGCCAUCUUAAUGUAAGGCUGCUGUUGUGUUUUAGGGCAUAUCUUUAGGUAAAGCUUAUAAUUUUUAAGCAGGUAAUUUAUUCAGUGUAUUGACUUGCCACACACAUGGUGGGGGCAGGAGUUAGCCCUUAUCCCAGGAAGAGACAGCAUUUUUUUUGUGCAACAUUGGGCCUGAAAAGGGGCAUUUGCUGUUGUGGGGCUUCCCUUGGGAAGGAGCAUUGGACACGUGCGUUGUCCUGGAGGGGCCGUAGGGCACAGCUGGAGCAGCAGCCUCUCCCCCUCAGGGGAUACUGCCCUGCCGUGCCCUGCCGUGCAGCUCCCCCAGACCCGAGUGCAGGGCAUAUCCUGUUCUGUAGAGGUUGCACAAGCCAAGCACAAACCCCAGAGUGAGGUUUUGACAGUGGCACUUACUGAACGUGAGCUACUGUUGUAAAGUGUGGGGGUUUGUUAGGGGUUUUUAGCACAGAUGCACUGAAAGCUUCAAGUGAAUGCUUCUUCAGUGUAUCUGUAGCUAUGUUAUACAUGUGAAAUUUGUCAGUGAUACUUAAAAAGGUGGUGGGUCCCCUUUUGAGUAGGUGUUGUUUUAGCUUUACAGCCUGCUUUUAAAGGACAGUUCUUGGUCUUGAGCCACAGUAGUGGCUGACAAGAUGAUGAUCACUGAACACCUAAAAUACCAAUAGGUUUUCUAAGACCAGGAUCUUGUCUGACUACACAUAGCUGGGGUGACUGUUGAAUGGAGUAGUUCAUAGUGAAUUUAAAUAACUAUGCAACACGCAUCCAAGAGCUUGACCUGGUGCAUUACUCUCCAGCUACCCAGUGCACGUAUGACCGCAGUCAGUAACCAUUAAAAUGCAAGUAUCCACUCCAGUUGCACACAGUAUAGACCCAUUUAAAGUAAGUUUCAUGUGUGUUGCAUUUAUCUUUCAGUUUUUCCUGAUGAAAAUUGAAUACUGUGUUCCAUUUAAAAGCUUUAAAUAAAGAUUUGUUUAUAUACUC